AAGCCCCAGUUGAGAGGAUUUUGAAACAUAGUUCCCAUGGCAACAGGCUUUAAAGUGACAUUAUCCCAGAAGAACUUUUCUUGGUUGUUCCAUCAUCUAAACAAGAAUCCUCUGAGGCUCGUGGGGAAAAGUCAACUUCUAAUGAAGCUGGAGUCUUUGCUUUCUGUGCCCCAAGGAGCACCUUUUCCUAUGGGGCUCCUUUCAGGCCUUAAAGGAGAAUGGCUGCUGGGAACUCCUCCUCUGUGACAGAGUUUAUCCUCGCAGGCUUAACGGACCAGCCAGAACUCCAGAUCCCCCUCUUCUGCCUGUUUCUAGGUGUCUACGUGGUCACCGUGGUGGGGAACCUGGGCUUGAUAACCCUGAUUGGGCUGAACUCUCACCUGCACACCCCUAUGUACCUUUUCCUCUAUAAUUUGUCCUUCAUAGACUUCUGCUAUUCCAGUGUCAUCACCCCCCAAAUGCUGAUGAGUUUUGUCUCAAAGAAGAACAUCAUCUCCUAUGCUGGGUGUAUGACUCAGCUCUUCUUCUUUCUUUUCUUUGUCGUCUCUGAGUCCUUCAUCCUGUCGGCGAUGGCGUAUGACCGCUAUGUCGCCAUCUGUAACCCGCUGUUGUACACGGUCACCAUGUCUCCCCAGGUGUGUUUGCUCCUUUUGUUGGGUGUCUAUGGGAUGGGGUUUGCUGGGGCCAUGGCCCACACAGCAUGCAUGGUGAGUCUGACCUUCUGUGCUCACAACCUCGUCAACCACUACAUGUGUGACAUCCUUCCCCUUCUCGAACGCUCUUGCACCAGCACCCGUGUGAAUGAGCUGGUGGUUUUUGUCGUUGUGGGCAUUGAUAUCGGUGUGCCCACAGUCACCAUCUUCAUAUCUUAUGCCCUCAUCCUCUCCAGCAUCCUCCGCAUUCGUUCUACCGAGGGCAGGUCCAAAGCCUUCAGCACCUGCAGCUCCCACAUGAUUGCGGUUUCUCUUUUCUUUGGGUCAGGGGCAUUUGUGUACCUCAAACCCUCUUCUCUUUUACCUAUGAACCAGAGCAAAGUGUCCUCUUUGUUCUAUACCACUGUGGUGCCCAUGCUCAACCCGCUGAUCUAUAGCCUGAGGAAUAAGGACGUUAAAAUUGCUCUGAAGAAAACCUUGAGCAGGAGUUCAUUCUCCUGAGAAAGGGGCAACACUUAGGAAAGGAACUUUUUUUCUCCCAGAGAUGAUUCAGGCUCCAUUGGUUACAUGUGGGAAAUUUUAAUUCCUUCUCAAAUAGGUUCAUCCUCCCCAUUUUCAGGGUUCUUUAAUUUACAAAGAUUCUUAAAACUAUAGAAUUCUCACAUUUUGUGGGUUUUGAGGGGUCAUUUAAUUCAGUCACCUCAUAUUUAUGAGGAUCGAUUCAGGCUUAUGUAUCUUCUCCAAGGUCAUUCAGCUACUCAGUAGCAGAACUGUGACAAGUCUCUUUAUUUCUAAUACGGGUUGCUCUCCAUUACAGCUCACUUUUCCUCCCUCAGGCUUUGGAAGAUUUCAUUUCAAAUGAGAGCUGGCCUAGGAUGUUAAAAUCUGAUUCUGUCUACGGAAAUUUCAUGUGACUUUUUAAGGGCUAAUUUUAAAUAUCACAUUUUGCAAGAAGGUAGGAGGUAUAGAAUUUUUUGUUGAGAUGGUCUUGGCUAAAUGACCAGAGAAAUUCUUGAAGAAUUUUGCAGACUAUGCAUGGGAAGUGUGUUAGGACCCAGAGAAUAGGAAGCAUGGUGCCUCUUGAGACAGUGGUGUGGAGCUUCAGGGACUCGGACUUUAAGGAAACUGGUGAUGCCAGGUGGAAGAACUUACAGGAGGUGUCAAGGUUAUAAUGGACAGAAUUUGGGAAUUGUUUUACACACAGUCAUUUCCAUGUUUUCCAAUUGUGCUGUUAAAGCCAGGGUGGAGAAGUCUGCAGCUCAGGGUGGUCAGCACAGGAUCUGGAGGAUUUUUCAGGACCACAGAAAGGCUUGUGUACAAGUCAGUAAUCAGGUUAGUGGUACACAGCAGCCAGUCAGCAGAGGGAAUGGCCGCUGAGUUAAGUUAUGGUGCUACAUCAGCAGAGAUCAUAUGGGGUAUUUUCUGUAUACCUUUCCAGAUCAACUUUCUACUCCUUGCCACCUCACUCCACGCCCUUCCAGGUGUUCCCUAAUGGGCUCUUUCGUUUUUGGCUGGAUUAGGCCAAUGGCAGUA